UCGGUCAUCGCUAUAGGAACUGAGUUUUUCGGGCGGGAGGUUAGAGAUACACAAACCGGCUAACAUCCACUUUUGGUGGAUUUUUUUGUGUUUCGGCAGAAUAAACAAACUGGGGAUAAGUUAUACGUUCAUAUUUAACGGCCAUUAGUUUGUUUUCCUGUUAAAACCGAGCGGAACGAGAGAAUUUACACCGAUGCCAACCGGAACCCGCAGACGUGCUAAGCUAAGUUAGGAUAAGCUAACCUGCAAACAACACUACGGCAGCGAAGCCGCGCGGAGGAGACUCGCGUGUUUACUCCGGAUUUGUUGCCUUUUCCUCGGCUGAAUUUCCAUUUCGAGGAAGAAGGGAGACUUGCUAGCCGGAGCUGUGGCGGGGGAAAGCGGAUAAACCCCCCCCGCUGGGCGGAGCUCACGGAACCAGCAGGACUGCGGGCUAAAUCUGAGUGAACGCCUGCUGAGCUGAAGGGAAUGAACUGAGUAGCCUUUUAUCGCUCGUCCUCGUUUUCUCCUUUCCCCUCUGCUGAGUCACCGAGUCAUCAGGAGCAGCUCUGUGAUUAAGCGAGAUAAUUUCUCUUACGGCGUAAAAGUGCUGCGCGAGUGUAGUAGCAGAGGGCAGCCAUGGCCGAGGUGUCCACCCUCACCCCAUCUCCUCCGGCGAUGGCAGAGCAGCCAGUUUCCUCGCAUUCUCUCCCUUCAGAGUCCCCUAAAACCACCCCCAUCCCCAAAUCCGCUCUGUAUGGGGACCGUGCUGUGAUGGGCAACCCCACGUUACCAACUGGACUCAGAGAAACCACUGUUUCUCUGUCGUCCUCUGCAGAGGUCACUGCUGCUCCUGAUGCCCCUUUUCCUACAAAUUCGGAGAGCGCCGCUGCUUCACAGGCAGAAGUGACCGCAGCUUCUUCUGAGGCAUUAAAGCAGCACAGCAUUGGAAACGAACCACAAGAAAUAGCAAAAGAACAACAGAUGCCAUCUUCUCCAGGACUUAAUCCCAGCCCUAAUCUCCACCCCAGUGCACAGGCUAAUAAUCCAACAGCCUCUUCAGAUGGCCCUCCUCAUUAUCCUCCCCCUCCUGUACCUAUGGAUUCAGAAAAUAAGGAAAAUACAGAAAAUGGCUCGGGCACAAACCCCGCAAUCUCAGAUACACCACUAGAGGUCGACAAAACGUCUUCAGAAACACAAAUAAUAAAGCAGCCGGAUCGGAACCCAAACCCUGUUCCAUUUCCAGACCCCAAGCCCAGCACCCCAAGCUCCAAAGACCCCCCAGAGUCCCCCUUUACCCCCUCCAAAACAGAGCCACCGUCUCUUAUAGUGCACGAUUUGGCGGCUUCUCUUGCCCUUCCUCCCGUUCACACUCGCCCGGCUCCAGAUACGCUCAGCUACCUGGAGUCGGCCAGCAUGAUGUCCGGCACGCUGGAGUCACUGUCCGGCCUGGGGGAGGAUGGCAGCUCCAUCGGCUCUGAUUCUGAAAUCAAUGGGCAGAUUCUGAGGCGGACAGAUAAAUACGGCUUCCUUGGAGGAACGCAGUACACCGAGGGCGGUGAGAAGGAGAUCAGUGUGGACGUGGCGAGGCACAGAGAGAUGAAAUGGUUGGACAUGUUCCGUAACUGGGACAAAUGGGUCACUCGACGCUUCCCUAAGGUGAAACUGCGAUGUCGUAAAGGCAUCCCCUCGUCUCUCAGAGCUAAAGCCUGGCAGCUUCUAUCUAACAGUGAGGAGCUUCUAAGGGACAACACUGGGAAGUUUGAGGAGCUGGAGAGAGAGCAGGGUGAUCCGAAGUGGUUGGACAUCAUAGAGAAAGACCUACACAGACAGUUUCCUUUCCAUGAGAUGUUUGCUGCUCGCGGGGGCCACGGUCAGCAAGACCUGUACCGUAUCCUGAAGGCCUACACCAUCUACCGGCCGGAUGAGGGCUACUGCCAGGCUCAGGCUCCUGUGGCUGCAGUGCUGCUGAUGCAUAUGCCUGCAGAGCAAGCCUUCUGGUGUUUAGUGCAGAUCUGUGAGAAAUACUUGCCUGGGUACUACAGCGCUGGACUGGAGGCCAUCCAGCUGGACGGAGAAAUAUUUUUCUCUCUUCUGAGGCGCGCGUGUCCCAUGGCCUACCGUCACCUGAAGAAAUUUAAGAUCGACCCCAUCCUCUACAUGACAGAGUGGUUCAUGUGCAUCUUCUCGCGGACGCUACCCUGGACCUGUGUUCUCAGAGUCUGGGACAUGUUCUUCUGUGAGGGGGUGAAGAUUGUGUUCCGUGUCGGGCUGGUGCUGCUGAAGCAGAUGCUGGGCUCAGUGGAUAAACUGCGGGAGCUGCAGGGCAUGUAUGAAACGAUGGAGCGCCUCCGAAAUAUUCCUCCAGAAAGCAUCAGAGAAGACCUGCUGGUUCAGGAGGUAAUCACUCUCCCGGUGACAGAAGCCCUAAUAGAGCGAGAGUGCAGCGUGCAGGUGCGGAAGUGGCGUGAGUCUCGAGGUGAACUGACCCACCAGCCCGGCCGCCGGCUCCAUGGUACGAGGGCCAUUAAUGAACAGAAGCGCCGUGCGGCCUCCAUUAGCUCUGGAGGCAGCUUGUCAUUCCUGGGCAGCUCUGUGCCGCCUCCCGGUCCCCUGCGUGCCUCCUCCAGCCUGUUGUCCCUGCCCGGCUUCCGCAAGUCCAAAACACCCUUCUCUCAUGCCAAGAAGGGCUCUUUUUCAGGGGCUUCAGGCCAGGAAGCCUUUUACCUGCAGGGCUUUGGAGGUGGAUCUGCUGCUAUGGCUUCGCCGCCUUUACCUGGAGCCUCCAGGCCACCUCCAGCUGCAGCAGCUCCACUUGCUGGUGGAUCAACAGCGAGGCCGCUAGUCCAUCAUGGACCAAGCCCACUAGCGUCAAAACCUGUAUCAGCACCACCAUCUGAACCAUCUGCACCACAGCCAGGGCCAGCAGUGCCCCUACAAGCGCACACUCCAACCCCAAACAUGCUACAGCCCACCCCCAAAGUGGUCUCAGAGCAGGUUACCCCCACCAUCCCCUCACCCACAGCCAACAACGCCCCUCUACCACCCUGCACGACAGAAGACGAGGGCAAGAAGAAGAAGAAGAGCAAAGAAGACAAGAAGAAGGAGAAAGAGGAGGAGAAGCAGAGGUCUCGGGAGAAGAAGGAGCGGGAGAAAGCCGAGAAGGAGAGAGCGAAGAAGGAGAAGGAAAGAGCAGAGAAGGAGAAGAAAAAGGAGAAAGGUGGGAAGAAGAAAGAUAAAGAAAAAGGGGCAGCAGCGGAGCCUGAGGAGAAAAACGGAGCUGCAGCGGCAAAAGAUUCAGCGUAGUCUUUGGAGCGUCUUCUUUUUGCUAACGGAGGGAACAAAAGAAUCAGGCAAGGGUGAUGAAGAGACGGAACAAGUGAGACGGAAGGGGGGGGGGAGGAGAGACGCUCCUGUGUGAGGUCCAUUUCAUCUCGUGAAAAUAACUGGAUCCUGCAUUAUGGACUGUUUUUGGCCCCGGGCUACACCUCCCCCAUUGACUCGGCAGCAAUCUGUCCACGUUACUGUGGCUUAUACAGGGGAUAUUUCACUAUACAUGCAGUCCUACUUACAUCUCUUGAUAUUCACAUUCAGUUUUAUGUUGUUUCUUUUUCUUUUUAGCCUGGUCUUACAGCAGAGCAUAAAAGCUCAAGGACAGAUCAGCCGUAGCGGAGUGAUCGUGUGCUGGUCUGGGUGCUGUAGCUGUGUAAAUAGGUCAGUUGCGAAUUGACUGAGCAUCCCCAUUCUGCGCCCAUUUCCUCUGUACUGUAUGUAAUGCUGUAGGUUACCUAGGUAACCUGACAAAGAAAAAAAAGAGAAAACCCUGAAAUCUUCACCCUACUAAAGCAGGCAGUGACUAUAGUGAUUGUACUAGUAAUAAUAACGUUAUUAAUGGAUGUGGAGGGAGAUCUAUUUAUUGUAGUGUCGUCUUUUAGCGUGUGCGUUUAUAUGUUUGUGCCUUGGUAGUGUAGUGUAAUGUGUCCAUGGUGUAACUGCAAACUGCUCUAAUCUCUUCUGUCCCCCCUUCACUCCUCCGAGUCUCCUCUAUUCAUUCUAAUGAAAGAAAUUGUGAGUGUUAGGUGGUUUGGACACUAGGGGGAGCAGAGGACCUGAAAAGACUGAAUGAGGAUUGUUAGAAAUGGUACUUUGGUCAGAUUUGUUGGUAUCUUGUCUGAUGGAAAAGUGAGAAAAUAUGCAACAAGAGCCACAUUUUUGAGGGUUUUGAGGGACUUUAGAUAUUUUUGAAUAUCUUUAAAAGGAGAAUUCCACCCAAAUCUUUAAAAUUUCACUUCAUUUCCACUGUUAGGACAUACUCAGUCAUUCAGAAUGGGUCAGUGUUCUUUACAGUGAUAGUGAUGGGAACUAGGCGUCAUUAUGUCAGCAACACAAAUGUAGUCAGUUAUGUGAUGUUGGUAAUGGUGAUAGAGAGGGCUAUGUUGCCUUACAACACCCUGUGUGGAUUUUAACAUGCAAUUUAGGCCCACACAGUUUUUUAAAUUGCCCUGCAUGUGACUUUGCCGUGAAUGCAUUUUCAUAAUUAAGAUUUAGGCUCAAACUAUGAUAAAACAAUGUCUCAGGGGUAAAAACUUUCUGUGAAAGGUAGCUAUUAGAGACCUGGUUCUUAUCAGUUUGUUUCCACCCCAAUUAAGUCUGCAUUCACCCCAAAACCACUUAGCACAAAAUAUCUCAUGGCUGUCCCCAAAUUUUCUGGAUACAAGUGAAAUUAUAUGACGCCCUGCAUGUACUUCUCAUCAUGAACACAUUUUAGCCCGAGAUCUUUUUAAAGCUGUUGCAAAACAGAGUCUCAGUCAUCAGGCAGUGAACUCAUAACCAUUUCAUGUAGUAACUUUCUGUGAGGGAGCUUUUAGAGGUGGGCGUCUGGUUCCUAUCACCACCACUGUGAACAGUUCUGACUUUCUCUAGAAUGGAGCAUUUCACACCAAACCACUCUGAACAACAUCUUGUCAGUAUAAUUAUAGACACUUUACUAAAUUGGUGGAGUUCCCCUGUGAGUCUACAGUCGAUUUGCAUUUCAAGAGGCUUUGAUGUCUUCUCACUCACUCACUGUCAGCAAAAAUGUCACUAAAAAUAAGUACUUUUUUCAACUUCUCUUCCCUUCUUUGUUUCUAAAUAUGGGCUAAACUGGAACCAGUGUGGAAAAGUAAGAAACGGAGAGGAAAUUUUUCGUUUCGUUAAGUAUUAAAAGCUUAAUCUGUAAUGUCACCUUAAAGGGGAGAGUUUAAUUUACUUGACUUUGGUUGGUGGAAUUUUAUUUAUUUGCUUAUGAAGGAUUUUGUCUGAUGUUGCACUGAGCUUGUAGAGAACCACUCAUUCUAACAGCACCACUAAUUUUGACCGCUUCAAUGUGUAGUAGUAGAGUCCAGGCCUGUCCAGUCUGGUCUGGAGCACUGUAGCUUUAAUCUUCAGAGGCUUUCACCUUUUGGCCUGUAGUGUAUUAAUGUACAGAGUUUGUUAAUUUAACCAGAUGAGUGAUUAUAUUAUGUACUAUUCCAGUUCUUUAUCUUAUUUUAGACUCGAUCGUUAUUUUUCUAUGCAAGAUUGCAGCAGCCUGGUUGACUGGAAUAUCAGUGGCUUAUCGGAAUGAGGUUGAUUGUGGCGCAGGUUUAUUUUUAAAUGAAUCGUUUUUUUAAGUUUUAUUAUGGCUCUUCUUUUUAUUUUCAUGUGCUGAAAGUUGUUUUUGCACAUUUUCGUCUCACCCCACAUCCUGGAGAACGAAGCCAAGCAGUACUUAUUUAUUUUAGUAUUUUUAAAAUCACAACUUUUAUUUUUUCCAACUGUAGAAGCUUUUCAAGGUAAGGUUGGUUUACUUCUUUCUCACCUGAAGUAUGGUGAUUAUUUAAGGUGGGCAGUAGGAGGCUAUGGUCCAAAUCUGUACUGUAAAAAGAUCUGGGAGGCAUUUUCUGUGUUUAAAGGAAAGGGGGACUCGCUAAAGGGGGAUGCCCUAAAACAGCCCUAAAUCCAGUCUCAUUGAACCACUGGACUGUUUUGAGUUUUGAGUUGCCAGCAGUUUCUGAUGUGAUUUAAACAUUAAUACGCACUGUAGUUGAUUGUGUAACUCCACCUUAACGCACUCACUCCUCAGUAUUAUCUAACAAACAAAGACGUGUUUGGGAGCUCUCGGAUGAUGAUGUCGACUUUGACACCGACUCGCUGAGAUGUUGGUGUUUUCUUGUUGAAGGAGGGACUUUGUGGUAAUUAGUCAACAUAUCCUGUUGAUUCUUACAUUUUCCCCGCCUGUUUUUUGAUAUUCUGGUCUGAGCUGCUGUUCGCCGUACCUCCUUUUCGCCUGUAGGUGGCGCCUUUUCAUAAAAGAAAUCCAAUGCUUCCUCCAACGGCGCUGCUAAAAAGGCUGAAGGCGAACAAAGAAAGUCUAUGCAAACCCUAAAACUCCUAAAAGCCCGCAGGAUGUCAGUGUCAUGACUGUUUCAUCUUUUUAUCUCUGACAGCACUGAAAACAAGGUGGCUUUGGAACCACUGAUGGUGCAAAGCACAAAACCUUCAUGCUCCACUCUGCUGGUUCUGGGCACCACCUCGGUCAGCACACCGGAGUGGGGGGCACAAACCCCGAAAAAGGAUUAUUUGCUGUCCAGGUAUUCAAGCAAAAACCCGGUUUGUCAUAUGCAUUUCCGCUUUGGUCCCUCGUUCAUCGCCGUUUGUUGCUCUUUUGUAGGGUUUUUGGUUGGAUUAAUCGUUUUAAUUCACUGUUUUAUUUUGAUUGUUUUUUUGUUUUUUUAGUAGUUUCCUCUCUUUCCAUCCUGCUGUGCGUCUUUUUUUUUUUGUUAAGUUUACAAACCAUUAAAAUAAAAUAAAAUCAUGCCUAGUCAUUCCUUAAAUGCAGAAGAGGAAAAAUGUACACAGUGUAUUUAAUUAAUGAUUACAAAAAUGACAGUUGUGAUGAAUAAUAAACCGUAAUAUAUUAAAUCA